GAAUUUAUGGUGAAAUCCCAUCGGAUCUAAUACUACAGCUUCAUAACCUGGAGAAGAUACAACUUUGUUGCAUGAAUCAAACAAAAUUAUACGGCACCAUUCCGCAUGAUAUUGAUCGCUUGCCUAAACUACAAGUAUUGAGCUUUGGGCAGAAUUACGAUAUUAAAGGAGACUUGUCUUUGAACGUAAGAAAUCUAAGAAAAUUGUGGUUUUUGGAUUUAGAAUAUGGGAAACUGAAUUCAGGUGAAAUGUGGUAUUUUUCAAACAUGAGUCAACUGACAUUCAUACAUCUGACGAACUGUGGAUUACGGGGAACGAUACCAAAUGAUUUUGGGAAAACUAAUCCGAAAGUGUUCGAUCUUCGACUUUAUGGUAACAGAUUGCAAGGGGAAAUAAAGAACUGUUUUGAUGGUUUUCAAAAAAUAACACAACUUAUCUUAGGCUCGAAUAAGUUAAAUGGCUCGCUUCCGGCAACGCUUAACAAGCUUCAAACCCUUCAGGUUCUUGAUUUAUCAAACAAUAACUUUACAAGUUUUACCGCAAACUUGUCGUUUAAUUCCCAGUUGCAGAUCCUAUACCUCGAUCGAAACGUCCAUUUAAAAAUCGAUGGUAACGCUCUGUUGAAAGCAUUGCAGCCUUGUUUUCAUAGUCUGCGUAUGCUCGUUGCAAACAAUUGUGGACUCAAAGGUGAACUUUCUUAUUCACUUUUUAACUUUCACCAAGUCAUGUAUAUUGAUCUCAGCUACAACAACUUGACCGGUCGUGUCCCUAAAAAUGAGGCAUUUAAUAUGGUGUAUUUGUUUUAUCUUACUCUCGCAUCAAAUAACUUCACUGGUGAGUUACCCAUGAGCUUUUUUUCUCCAUUGAAAUCUCUGACCUAUUUCGAUGUCAGACAAAACCGGUUCUUGAAAAGUCAGCACACUUUCCCAAAUACAAAUAUGAUGGUGACAUACAGUGUAAAGAUACAGAGAGAUACAUAUUCUUGCCCAACUAUUCAUCUUUCAAAUUCGGGAGGACGGGUAGAAAUGGACCCGGGGUAUUAUGAUCACUCGUUGUGUUUUUGUAACAAAGGUUAUUAUGGUUACCAUAAAUUUUGCAAGCCUUGUAUGCAAGGUGGUUCAUGCGAAAUGGAAGCUUCAAUGGUGAAUAAAACGCAAGCUUCGUCAUUGACCAAUCAUGAGAUCAAGAUGAACAUGGACAAAGGUUACUGGCCAUGUUGCGGCGAUUUUGACAAUGUGACUAAACUGGUUAAAUGCAGUCAGCAAGAAAUGUUUGAUGAUGAAAUAUGCAACCCCUCCGAAAACUGCAAAUGUUGGCUACAAUUGGUAAAUGGUCACCACCUGAAAACGACAUGUAACUCGUCAUGUGUUUGUCGUCAUGGCAACAUGGGAAGGUUUUGUUCACAGUGUAUUGACGAUUACUACAAAAAGGGUUCUUUGUGUGUCCGCUGUCCAGAGUUCCGUGAACAUUUUCCUGUGAUUUUAUUACUAUCCUUCCUGGCAUACUUCUUCAUGUCUAUUUCUUUGAUGAUUAGUUUGAGACGCCGUGGAAAGCGGGUGAUCAUUGUUUUAUUGUUUGCAUUUGCAGUGGCGCUUAUAGUUUUGCACGCGAAGUCCAUAAUCCCUGGGUGGUUCUUCAUCUUAAUAUUUGCAGUAUGGAUCGUAGGUCUUUCUGACGCAGGCAGGAACUUGAAAAGCUUUUGGAGCAUAGCGGUGUUCUUCUUCCAGUCGCUAGGUGUGAUGUUGUCUGAUGCAAAAAUCUGGCCAACAAAAAUAGUUCUUCUUAAAUACCAAAUCACAAACGCCUUUAAUUUUGAAUUCUCGGAACUUACUUGUAGUUUUUCUUCUGCAAAACGUCCCGAAGUUAGCUUUGCUGUAAUUUUGUUACUGCCUAUCGCGGGGAUAACUUUAAUAUGGUUGUUUCAUGGUUUCGGGAAGCUAUGUUGUGGUCGAAAUAGAAAUAUUUCCAGUCACCGAUGCAAACGUUGGAGUCUUCAAAUACUUCUGUUCGUGUAUUUUCCUGUCACUGCAAAAACCUUUGAUGCGAUAUUUUCCUGUGAACACCGUGAAGGGCUAUCUUAUUUGAAAUGUGCACCGUGGCUUGAUUGUAAUGGCACUUCACAUAAUUGGUUGCUUAUUUUGGGUUAUGCUUCCUUGGUUGUGUUUGUCAUUGGCAUCCCUCUUUUUAUUUUCGCACCAUUGUUGUACAAAUACUUAAACAGUGAAGGCCAAACAAUAUCCGAAGAGAUUGAUAAUUGGAUGAAACCGUUGUAUGACGAAUUUAAGCCACCAUUUCGACGAUAUUUCCGGCUAGUUUUCCUCACCCGUCGUCUUCUACUUGCGGUAUUCUUAACCAUAGUUCCAACUACCUCCUCUUACCAAAUUUUAAGCAUAACUUUGCUUCUCGUCACCUUCAUUAUCAUAACUCUAGUUUUCAGGCCGUACAAAAGAUAUUCAGAGAAAUUCGAGUUUGAAACUUCGGCCGAUGUGUUUGUAUCUAUUGUUUUGCUUCUUUCCUUUGUUAGUUUGGCGUCCUUGCGACUUUCUACGAGACUUGA